AUGGCAGAGACAGGAUUACCGCCUGGAUGGGCAAUUCGUGUAUCUCGUAAUCAUAAUAGAGAAUACUAUUUGAAUCAGGCUACGAAGGAAUCUUCUUGGGAGCCUCCUUUUGGAAGUGAUAAUGACAAAUUGAAAGAAUACUUGGCGAAGUUCAAAGCACAGGGAAAUAGACCAGCAAUACCUCAAGAUGGUAAAAUAAGAGCCUCGCACCUUUUGAUAAAGCACAAUCAAUCGAGAAAACCUAAAUCUUGGAAAUCACCAGAUGGAAUUUCGAGAAGUAGAGAUGAGGCGAUACAAAAUAUCAAGAAAUUGCAGACCAAAAUAUUAGGAGGCGAGGCAAAAUUGAGCGAUAUUGCUGUAACAGAAAGUGAUUGCCUGUCUCACUCACAAGGUGGUGACCUUGGUUUUUUCGGAAAGGGACAAAUGCAACCGUCGUUUGAGGAAGCGGCUUUUAAUUUGAAUGUUGGAGAAAUCAGUGACCUCGUUGAAAGUGAUAGCGGAAUCCAUUUGAUCCAGAGAACGGCAUAG